UGCCUCGGCCCGGGGUUCUGACCCGGCGCUCCGUCGGUAGCGCGGUUCUGGCGGUGCUGGAGCCCGGAGUCAGGAAAUCACUGGGAUUUGAAGGAAAAGUUGAGCCACGGCGCUGCACUUGGGAAGCUAAGCUAAUGCUAGUUAGCCGCAGCUAACGCAGGCCCGCCGCCCAGCUGCUGCGCGAACCAACGAGGUGGUCGAAUAGCAUUCCCGCGGGCGUCUAUUGCGUGCGCGUAGCUACAGGCAACGGCAGUCGGUGGCUGUUAUUCCGCCACCUGGUUCCGCUGGAGCGGCAGUGAGCGUUCCUCCUCUCCGCAGUGUUUUCAGAUGGAGGGCGGCCAUGCGCAGUCAGCCUUUCAAAAUAAACCAGCUCGACGCUUAUUGGUCGCACAACGUUGCCGUGUUCAUUUGAAUUCACGACGACACUAUCAAAGUCCACUUGAUGGAGUUUAAACGGCUUUGUAAAAACACGCGAGGCUCGAUAUUGGGACUCGUAUCCGCUUGGCUUUGAUGUUCCAGUAGUCUGCAUUUAAAUAACAGCGUGAUGUGGAUGCCAGUUCUGGAGCGCAUAUUUUGUCAAGCAAUUCGCGUCAAGGUUGAUGAUCUCCCCAUAGUUGCAGUUGCUACAGUCACAGAUUAAUGGACUGGACUAAACCUGUUGUCAGCCAGGCCUUCAAGCAACCAGCACUGUACACUGACGCAGGAGGGGAAGAAGCACAUUCAUGAUGACAUAAAACAAUGGCGGUGUUGCUGUGAUCGUCAUGGCAGCCCCGUACUCCUCCAGUGGCGGCAUGGAUGCGUGGUCACAGAGGCGUGGCCUGCAGACUAUGAACCUGCGGUCAGUAUUCACAGCGGAGCAGCAGAGAAUCCUGGAGCGUUACUACGAUAAUGGGAUGACAAAUCAGAGCAAAGCUUGCUUCCAGCUGAUACUCCAGUGUGCUCAGGAGGCUAAAUUGGACUUCAGCGUUGUGCGGACCUGGGUUGGAAACAAGAGACGUAAAAUUGCAUCCAAGGUGGACCAGAAUGGAGCAAUGACCUAUCAGCUGCCGAGCCAUGGUCUCCCAGGUGGCCUCUUGUCCAGUCAUUCCUCUGGAGCUCUACCAAACAUCACAGCUGGGGCCUUGCUUCCCUCUGAACUGGCAGUCGUUCGAAGCAUCCAGAACCGUGUGAAUCUACUCCCUCCCUCCUCCUCUUUUCCCUCGUUCUCGUCGUCUUCCUCGCCUUCCUCUUCCUCUCCCCUCAGCAGUGGGAGUAACCACAACAGUAAUGAUGUUGUAUUGACAGGCGUCUAUUCUCACAACUCUGUUCCUCGCCCCCAACCGAAACCACCAGCCCCGCCUGCUCUCACCGAACAGAAGCCCCCGUCACAUCCUACCUCCUCGGGGAUGAACCAAGCUCUGCAGGGCAGACACAGAACAACUUCAUCCCCCAUCCAUGCCAAGCUUAUGUCUCUGGCACCAACUCUCCCAUCACUCACACCUGCCUCGGGGCCUUUAGUCUACACUGCAGUUAAGAAGGGAAGUGUCCCCCCGGGGGAGUUGGGGAUUGGGACACCUGGCGUAGUACCUCACAGCUGGACUAGACAGCAUACUAAUUCCCAAGCACACUCCCGGUCUUCUUCCACUCAGCCUCAAACAAGACCUCAAGCCAACACCCAACCUCAGCUUCCUGUGCCGCAGAAGGCGCCAGUCACCCUGGCUUGUCAAAACACUGCUCCGGAAAAGACUCCCUGUAUCCAGCGUGUGUACACGCUAGCUGAUAAAUCCGAAACGAAAGAUGGCGACAGACUGCGACAAGGUCUUUCGUCUUCUCACAAAAGCCAGGAGAAUCAAAAGCCUGUCGUCCAAGCUGUUGACCCAUGCAGUAAUUUUUCCAUCGCCAUUGAAACGGCAGAUGAGGAUGAAUGGGAAAGAGAAGAGGAAUUAGCAAACAUGGCAGCUCAGAGUCACAAACAGAAGCAAGUGACUCUAUCAUCUGAUCCUGCCACAGUUUCAGGCAGCCCAACGCCUUCAGUGAGCAAGGUCGCACAGGGCAGCUAUUCACUUACAACACAGACCUCAUUAUCAAGGGAAUCGAGCUCACAGACAACCACAGUCGGUUUGUCUGCCGCCCCCUGGGUUAUCAUCAACUCAAGAAAAAGAACUCUUCAAGAUCGCACCCAGUUCAGUGACGUGGAUCUGAUCCAACUGAAGCGCUACUGGGAUAGAGGCAUGACCAGUCUGGGCUCAGUCUGCCGGGAGAAGAUCACUGCUGCUGCAAACCAGCUCAAUGUGGACACAGAAAUAGUCAAGACGUGGAUCAGUAACAGAAGACGGAAGUAUCGCCUGAUGGGUAUUGAAAUCCCUCCGCCACAAGGAGGACCGGCAGUGUUCACAAACUCAUCUCCUCGCAAUGAAUCACCAGUGACGCCUGAACCCCGAGAUGAAUUCAAUGAUGAAGGAUCUGUCUGUCUGUCUGAAGAUGGCACGAACGACUCACACCACAGGGAUGAGGAGGAUGAACCAGAAGCAGGCAACGGUGCUCCUAUGGCUAACAAUGUGAAGGUGGAAGUUUUUGAUGAGGAAGACGAUUACGCUGAUGUAGAUGGUGAAGGUGAAGUUAUGGCUUCAAGCCUGCAGCAAAUGCAUAACCUCCUGGAGUUCAAGCACGAGGAAGUCCAGUUCUUAGAGCAUGAGCUAGAGAUCCAAAAACAAAAAUACCUGGAGCUCGCGAGCUUCACAAAAUGCCUGCUAAGUGCUGUGAGGAACAACGACCUGGAAAGACAGCAGGAACUCAUGGCCAGUCUACCUCAGAUGUCAGACAACUGGGAGAUGACCAUGGCGAGAGAAGAGGAGCCUUUCAAUCACAGUGACACAUGUGGUGACAAUGACGGUGACUCUGAGAGGAUGUCUGCCAGUAAACGCCUCCCACCGUUCCCGGGAAAAGAAGAUGGUUCCACAAGUGAAGCUACAAAGCCCUCUGCAUCAGAGGAGCAACUGCGGGAAGCAGUUCACUGACUCUAAUUCACAGACUCACACAAACGUUUCCUCACCUCACUGAAUAGCACGUGCCAAACUCUAGAGUCAGGGGCCAAGACGUUUUAUGCAGCCGUGAGUAGCUAUAAGUAAUAAGGAACAAAUGAGGUGGUGGUUUUUCAGCUGGGAAAGCAGACGAAUGAAGAGUGUCGCCUCCGGUAGAGGGACACUUUUUGCAAUUCCAUGCUAACCACGGACCACUCUUUUCGGGUUCAGGUUAAACAACAUUUUCCUUAAAGUCAGCAAAUAUUGAUUUUGUCUGGCCCUUACUUGAUUGAGUUUGACACACCUGCUCUAGUGUCAGGACUACAUUGACCCACACUAACACUGACAAACACGCUUCACGUCCUGCACCUGUGGGUAGACGCUUCACGAGGACUGUGGGACUGAAAAUGCCUUUUUUUACUGUGCAUACUUCGCCUUUCUCCGGCCUCUGUGCAGAGAACACAAUAAAGAACCUCAAAGGUUUUGCGGUCUUUCACCUUUCCCCAGUCAUUGCUGCUUAACCAAAACGUGUGGGAUGUUCGCGACCCUGCAGAGUAAGUGGGUGUUGAUUAUAAGCCAAAGCUGAAUCAAUCUUUAACAAUGAAAGCGCGAGGUGCUGAACCGCUAAUGAGGAUGAUGUCCCCUCAGCAACCUUUAAUGGCAGUAUGUGAAUGUGUGUAAAUUGGCCAACAAGGUGACAUAGUUGAAUUAACAGAGGUGUAUAUGCUGUGUCCAUGAUGCUAGAACAAAACACACAGCACAGUCUACGUGACAUAAUGAAAAGCAAUCCCAGGAGGAAACAAAUAGUAUGAACAGGUCAUGAAAACCUGAACAUUGACAAACUUAUCCAUGUGUAAAUGGUGCUUCCUGCUUCUGUUGGAGAAAUGGGCGCACCGUUCUGUGUGGCGCAAUUGAAAGACAGAACAAAUAAAUGUGACUUUGGAUGACUAUACACCCGCUGG